UUGAAAAAUUUGCUACAAACGAUGGAAUUAGCUGGUUCUUUCUGCUCGCGCUCCAUUCGAUUUCGCUUUUUAUUCUUUUGUGUGCACAUAAACCCGCAAAUAUGUUUAGUGAGAAUGCGCCGCUCCUACUUACUGCUUGCAGUUAUCAAAAAUCAGCAACUUCGACCUGUUCCGGACGUUGUUUGAAAUCUGUAGGAUUACAGGAUGACAAGCUGUUUCUCCCUAGAAAGGAAACCGAUUUGUUGUAUAUCACCCAGAUGGCGCUGGUUGGAGGUGUUUCCGCGAUAUGUGUGGAGAAUUUCCGACGCCGGUUGAAGGUAGUUUCGAGGCAUUUGCAAGAACUGGAAAACUUGCCGAUACUAGACAACUCCGGAACACAGCAACAUCCAAAUCCGUCGUGGUGUGUACGAUUAAAACUCAUCGGACAGUGUUAAAAAUAUCUAAGGAUGAAUAUUUAAAUGUUGUGAUACAAAAAUUUAAAGCAUGAUUAUAUAUUAUAAAUACAAUAUUUGUAAGA